AUGACUUCUUCAGCACAUCAAGAUGAACGUCGCCCUCUUCUUCAGGGAAGCCCAACCCGGGGAGAACAUGACGGCGCACCUUUACGAUCUGUCGACGGCAGCAACGGGCCAUGGCGACGCUUUUUGCAGCUGUUGCCGUUCUUGUUGAUGUUCACAGCAGUCGAAGUCGGCGCAUCUCUUCUAUCAAUCGCUGAAAGUCAGAUCAUAGAGGGUGUUGUUUGUCGCAAAUACUACCCCGAUGUCUUCGAAUCGUCCGUUGACCCGCGUUGCAAGAACGAAGAUGUGCAGUCUGAGCUAUCCAUGCUUCAAGGAUGGGAGCUGCCUUUUGCUCUGGUCCCGGGACUGCUCACUACGAUCCCCUACGGCAUUGUCGCCGACAAGUAUGGUCGCAAACUUGUUCUUAUCCUCUCUCUAAUCGGUGUUGCGCUGUCUCAAUUCGUUGACCUCGUUGUUUGCCGUUUUCCAGACACGUUUGACAUUCGGUUGAUAUGGCUUGGUGCUUCCAUGUCCGUCGUCGGAGGUGGUCCUUUUGUUUUCACCGCCAUGAUGUUCACUAUGGCCAGCGACAUUUCUACAGAAGCGCAACGUUCUACUACCUUCUUCCAUCUUACCGCCAUGGCCAUUGCUGGGCAAUUGGUGGCUGCCCCGUUGGCUUUCGUCGCCAUGGCUCGUGGUGAAUGGUUCGCAGCUUCGGUUGGAUUCUUGUGUGUUCCAACCGCCAUCUUGGUCGCCAUUGCUUCCCCAGAGACUCAGCGCAAAGGUUCAGCUGUGCAUGGUGAGACCACUCCUCAGGAUGACCUCCCUGGAACUGUGGCCGGCAAAUCUAGCAUUACAUGGGGCGCAUUGCGGCCAAAGAUCUCCAACGCCGUGCGAGAAGCGUUCGGAUCGAUCCGAUGCCUAUUCUGGGAGAACAAGAGGCUAGGCUUGCUUCUUCUUACAUUCUUGUUCACCACACUCGGCCGAUACGUGUCUAUCAUCCAGAUGCAGUAUGUCACCAAGCGAUUUUCCUGGUCUUGGUCGCAGGCCGGCCUCUUAUCCUCCAUCACUGCCGGAAUGAAUCUCAUACUGGUAGUUUCCAUCUUGCCGUUUGCGAGUCGAGUCCUUUUGGGCAAAAUGCAGCUCAGUCCAUUAUUCAAGGAUUUGUGGAUUGCCCGAGCCAGUAUCGUCGCCCUCGUCGUGGGAUCAUUUGGCAUAGGUAUCGCGAACCAAUCCGUCCUGCUGCUAUUCAGCUUGGCCAUAUAUUCACUUGGCGCCGGUUACACUCCAGCCAUGCGGAGCCUGUUAGCUCUGGUGGCAGAGGAUCAACACGUCGGCAUGCUGUUCACGGCUCUGAGUGUCCUUGAAAAUUUUGGAAAUUUGAUCGCCGGGCCGUUGAUGGCCACCACCUUUAGAAUCGGCUUGUCUUGGGGAGAACCUUGGAUUGGCCUGCCUUUCAUUGCCGCAGCUUGCUUGCUAGCUUGUGGAGCUGCAAUCGUGUUUGGCGUCUCGUUUUCCCGCAAGGAUGAUAAAACCAAGGUAGUGGAUGACCAAGAUGAGGCGGCUUAG